CCCUUCUUGACUUCCUACGAAUCCUGUUACUUCUCUUCUUCUUAUAUGGACUUUGGUUACGGAACAUUUAGCGAGUCCUCAAAAAUGGGUUUAGAAGCUCUGGCGAGGGCCAGGACCCAUCAACCCUGCGCUGCUUGUAAGAUGCUACGCAGGAGAUGUGACGGUAAGUGCAUUCUUGCCCCAUAUUUUCCCAGUGAUGAGAUUGAGAAGUUCGCCGGGGUGCAUAAGGUUUUUGGUGCUAGCAAUGUUAUCAAAAUGAUUCAGAUGGUGGAGGAAACAAACAGGGAGGACGCUGCAAAAGCGCUUGUCUAUGAAGCAACAGCCAGGAUCAGAGACCCUGUUUAUGGUAGCACUGGAGCUAUUUUCCAACUGCAAAAGAUGGUGCAAGAACUUACCAUGCAGCUUGAAUCAACAAAAGCUCUAGUGUUGGAGUUGCAGCACCAAAAAGAUCAGUUGUUGGGCAUUCUUCUGAAUGUUAAUCAUCGUGAUCCUCUCUCUCCCAUUGAUGGCGGCAGUUUCUCUUUGGAUCAUGAUGAUUCCAUGGCCUAUGAUCCGGCCAAAUUCCCUGUAGAAUGUGACUGGAUCUUUUAAGGGAAAAAUCCCGUUAAAAAUGUUGGUAGAUCCAGAUUAGGAUAUGGAAAAACUGGGGCAAGGUAUCUUUGCCCCAGCUUAUAAACUGUAGAAUUUUCAGGGAAAUAUAUAUAUAUACAGAAAUUCAAUUUGAGAAUAACUUCUUCCUUCUUA